CACACACACACACAAAGAAACUUCUGUAAACAACGAGUACAUCCACUGCCUACUUAAAGGGGUCUCAUUUUCUUUAACUUUAUAUUUGUUGAUCACGCUCAGGACAGCACUCCUAUACAACAGAGCUACCUGCCAUCUUCUGCAUUCUCAAAUGGCAUCCACGUGGAUCAAAUAUGUAUUUGUGCUUCAUGCAAUGGCAUACUUGUGGAUAAUUGCCUAUGCAUAUAAACCCCAGGAUCUGUUAACAGAUGCAAAUAAACCAAAAGAUCUAUUGAAAGAUAAUGUUGCCAUACCCAUUUCUAAAGACCCAAGUCUACCCACAGCUAUUCCUUGCCCAAACCCUCAAGACAUCCAACCAUGCGCAUGUUAUGCGAUUAGCAACACAACUAUGGACAUCAACUGCUCAAAUGUAACAAGUGAGGAUCAGCUACGGGUCAUCUUCAACAGGCGUUUCCCGUUCAUCAACUUCAGAGCACUGACAAUACAAGGAAACAUAUACCUGAAUGCACUGCGUGGAGGAGACCUGGGUAAAUGCACAUUCCAGAACAUAGACAUCAGGGACUCUGCACUAAUUGAAAUAGAUGAUUCUGUCCUACAGGACAGUGCAAACACUUUGGCGACCCUUGUUCUGAUCAACAACAACCUCGUUUCAAUACCAGAUAUCUCACAGUUCACCCAUUUAUGGUCACUUGACUUUUCGUACAAUGCUUUGAUAGAAUUUCCUCAGCUAUAUUCAACAACACUGACAAGGCUCGUUCUACAAGGUUACACUUGGGAUAUGGUUCCAGUUGAUGGAUUUAAACACCUACCAGCACUUGACACAAUACGAAUUACAUUUUGUUCAAUAGUAAAACUACAACCUGAAACCUUUACCAACAACAAUUUUGGAUACAUAAAUCUGGAAAGCAACAGUAUCGACUACAUUCCAACGGAUGCAUUUCAUAUGAUUGGAACCAACAACACUUUACGCCUCAACAAUAAUCGAAUUACGUCUAUACCUCCAGGAGCUUUCUCUGGUAUCACUGGGACACUGCAAUUGAGCUACAAUUUCCUCAAGGAUUUGCCUGAGGAUAUAUGGAGACCUUUACUGGAAAACAAUGUGAUGCUUUAUAUAGCAGGUAACCCAUUUAACUGUGGUUGUGAAAUUGCCUGGUUGAUCCUCAAUCAAACUCUCCUUGGCAGAAUUCACGAUCAAGCAACUUGUUAUGAUGGACAAGCUUUCGUUGACUUGAAUCCAAUAUGGUAUGAAACGAUGUGUUACUAAUCUCUCUUACGGUGUGUGUAAAGUCUGAUAUAUAAUUUGAAAUUCUUAAAAAUCAUUUUUUAUAUUCUUGUAUGUUGUCCAUGAAAUCUUAUGAUCAAUGAAAAAGAGAAUAAAAUAUUGUGAUUCAU